GCUGAGGAUGCCAAACGUCGUGAGGAGAACCUAGAGGCGGCCAAACAGGUGACCAUCUCAGAGGACUCCAGCCUGCCUGCAGCCAAACUGAUCAAGAUUUUGGAUGCCACCGCCAACCGUAACUCCCGGGUUAAGGUGAAGGCCUGGUGUCAUCGCAUCCGCAGACAGGGUAAAAACCUGAUGUUUAUAGUGCUGAGAGACGGGACUGGCUUCCUACAGUGUGUUCUCAACGAUACUCUGUGCCACACCUACAAUGCCCUGGUCCUCUCCACUGAGUCCACAGUCUGUAUCUAUGGGGUCAUCAAGGAGGUUCCUGCUGGACAACAGGCUCCAGGAGGUCAUGAGCUCCAUGCAGAUUACUGGGAGCUGAUUGGUCUAGCCCCUCCUGGGGGAGCGGAUAACCUCAUCAAUGAGGAAUCCCAUGUUGAUGUGCAACUUGACAACAGGCACAUGAUGAUCAGAGGAGAAAAUAUGUCGAAGGUGAUGAAGAUGCGCUCAGUGGUCAUGCAGUGCUUCAGGGAACACUACUUCAACAGGGGGUAUUGUGAGGUAACCCCUCCCACCCUAGUGCAGACCCAGGUAGAAGGUGGCUCCACCCUUUUUACUCUGGACUACUUUGGAGAACAGGCAUACCUGACCCAGUCGUCCCAGCUGUACUUAGAGACAUGUCUACCCUCAAUGGGCGAUGUCUUCUGUAUCGCUGAGUCGUACCGAGCAGAGCUGUCCCGUACACGCAGACAUCUGGCAGAGUACACCCAUAUAGAAGCGGAGUGUCCCUUCAUCAGUUUUGAUGACCUGUUGUCCCGUGUAGAGGACCUGGUGUGUGACACUGUGGACCGAGUCAUCAACUCUCCCUUCGGCAACCUGCUCAAGGAGGUCAACCCGGACUUUCAAGCCCCAAAGCGCCCCUUCAAGAGGAUGAACUAUGCGGAUGCCAUCAAGUACCUGAAGGAAAAUGACAUCAAGAAGGAUGACGACACCUACUAUGAGUUUGGGGAGGACAUUCCUGAGAUGCCAGAGAGGAAGAUGACUGAUAAAAUUAACGAGCCCAUCCUACUCUGUCGCUUCCCAGCUGAGAUCAAGUCCUUCUACAUGCAGCGGUGUGAGGAGGACAGACGGCUCACAGAAUCUGUUGACCUGUUGAUGCCUGGUGUGGGAGAGAUUGUGGGUGGGUCCAUGAGGAUCUGGGACUAUGAGGAACUGUUGGAGGGGUACAAGAGAGAGGGCAUCGACCCCACACCUUACUACUGGUACACUGACCAGAGAAAGUUCGGCACCUGUCCCCACGGUGGUUACGGGCUGGGUCUGGAGAGGUUGUGUUGGAUGAUGGGUAUUAAUCACAUCCGCGAUGUCUGUCUGUACCCCCGCUUCAUCGAGAGAUGUCGGCCCUAGAAAACUCGCGCCUGUCUCUACCUCUGCUUCAUUGAGAAAUGUCCAGCUCUGACAUCUUCUCAGGCAGUCCUAGAUCUGACAUUGCCAUUUCUAGAUCCAAGAAAUUCCAAAAAGAUACAUUUGGAAAUGAUAAGCAUGCAUGUAGAACUUGUCUUGGCUACAAUACAAAAUUCAAGUACAUGUAAUCCAUAUGUUGCCUUUCAACACCAAUAUUGCACAGAUCUUCUGAGAGAAAUGUUGGGACCCAGAGUGAGAAGUUUAAUUGUUGAACCAUCAAUGUUCAAAUAGCAAACUACAUGUUCAUGCUUUUAAGCUGAAAUAAGUAAAAUAUUGGCUACGUAAAGCCUGUUGAAAGCCUAUCUUGAAAGAUUACAAUGUAUGUGUAAUGCAACUCCAAACUUCGAAAUAUGUAUGGAUGUGCCAAUGCACUGAUGAAUGCAUUCUGUAUAUCAAUGUCAAUAUUGACACAUUCUUGUUUGUGUUUUAUAUGAUUCAUCAACUGAUACCUUUUCUUAAAGAUUGAUUUGUACCUACAUGUACAUAUAUUGUAUCAACAUUAGAUAGAAUACAAAAAGUACAAUGUUUGACAAAAUUAAUACUAGUAGGUACAUAGAUUUCAAUUAUACCAGUUUAUACAAAGAGAAAGGUUACGUUCAGGUCAAACUCCUGUAGAAGUUUGAAAUUGUGGUGGUUUAGAAGUUGAAUUAUCCUUGGAUAAGUUAUCAGUUAUUGAACUGGUGUUAGUGGUGAUGCUAGUUUUUUGUACUAAUCAUGGCUUAAAAUAUUAAAUAAUAAUAUGCAUGCGAGAAAACUUAAUGCUAGAUUAUGCCAGGCCAACCUAUAGAAAAAAAAUGUAUAGACAAUGUUGCACAAAAUGGUUUAAAAUAUUCUGUUUGCCUGUGAACUCCUACCACCGUGAGAAUAAAAAAAGAAUCUGCAUUAUGUUGAAUCCACUCUA